AUGGAAGUUUUCCCCUUGCUCUUAUUUCUGUCCCUCUGUUGGUCUCGAACCUGGGACCUGGCAACCGCUGAUUCCAUCAUCCACAUCGGAGCAAUUUUUGAUGAAUCUGCUAAAAAAGAUGACGAAGUAUUCCGCACAGCAGUUGGUGACCUCAAUCAGAAUGAGGAAAUCCUACAGACUGAGAAAAUCACAUUUUCAGUGACAUUCGUUGAUGGCAACAACCCUUUCCAAGCUGUUCAAGAAGCCUGUGAACUUAUGAACCAGGGCAUCUUGGCUCUCGUCAGCUCCAUUGGUUGCACAUCAGCCGGAUCCCUCCAGUCUUUGGCAGAUGCCAUGCAUAUACCACACCUCUUCAUUCAGCGAUCAACAGCUGGGACCCCAAGGAGUGGCUGUGGGCUCACCCGGAGCAACAGGAAUGAUGACUAUACUCUUUCAGUUCGUCCACCUGUCUACUUGAAUGAAGUCAUCCUGAGAGUAGUCACCGAGUAUGCAUGGCAGAAAUUCAUCAUCUUCUAUGACAGUGAAUAUGAUAUCCGUGGGAUACAGGAGUUUUUGGACAAAGUAUCUCAGCAGGGAAUGGAUGUUGCCCUUCAAAAGGUGGAAAACAACAUCAAUAAAAUGAUCACCACCCUCUUUGACACCAUGAGGAUAGAGGAAUUGAAUCGCUACCGAGACACUCUUAGGAGAGCCAUCCUUGUUAUGAAUCCUGCCACAGCCAAAUCCUUCAUAAGUGAGGUGGUGGAGACUAAUCUGGUUGCUUUUGACUGCCACUGGAUCAUUAUAAAUGAGGAAAUAAAUGAUGUGGAUGUCCAGGAACUUGUCAGAAGGUCCAUUGGAAGGUUAACAAUUAUUCGGCAGACAUUUCCAGUUCCCCAGAAUAUAAGUCAGCGCUGUUUCCGUGGCAACCAUCGAAUCUCUUCAACACUGUGUGAUCCCAAAGAUCCCUUCGCUCAGAAUAUGGAGAUUUCUAACCUUUACAUCUACGACACGGUGCUUCUGCUCGCAAAUGCUUUCCAUAAGAAGCUGGAGGACCGCAAGUGGCACAGCAUGGCGAGCUUGUCCUGUAUCAGAAAAAACUCAAAGCCCUGGCAGGGAGGGCGGUCCAUGCUGGAAACUAUCAAGAAGGGUGGAGUUAAUGGAUUGACUGGAGACCUAGAAUUUGGAGAAAAUGGAGGUAACCCCAAUGUGCACUUUGAAAUCCUUGGAACCAACUAUGGCGAAGAACUUGGAAGAGGUGUCCGUAAACUUGGGUGCUGGAAUCCUGUCACGGGUCUGAAUGGGUCACUGACUGACAAGAAACUGGAGAAUAACAUGCGGGGCGUGGUUCUACGUGUGGUGACUGUACUGGAGGAGCCUUUUGUAAUGGUCUCUGAAAAUGUCUUGGGAAAACCGAAGAAAUACCAGGGCUUCUCCAUUGAUGUUUUGGAUGCUCUAUCUAACUACCUGGGUUUUAACUAUGAAAUUUAUGUUGCACCCGACCACAAAUACGGAAGCCCACAGGAAGAUGGGACGUGGAAUGGACUGGUAGGAGAACUUGUUUUUAAGAGAGCUGACAUCGGGAUUUCUGCUUUAACCAUUACCCCAGACAGAGAGAAUGUUGUGGAUUUUACAACACGUUACAUGGACUACUCAGUUGGGGUCCUACUUCGAAGAGCAGAAAAAACAGUGGAUAUGUUUGCCUGUCUUGCACCAUUUGAUCUAUCUCUGUGGGCCUGCAUUGCUGGCACAGUCCUUCUUGUGGGACUACUGGUCUACCUAUUGAACUGGCUUAAUCCCCCACGAUUGCAAAUGGGAUCAAUGACAUCUACUACACUCUACAACUCCAUGUGGUUUGUGUAUGGAUCCUUUGUUCAGCAAGGUGGGGAAGUCCCAUACACAACCCUGGCAACUCGAAUGAUGAUGGGGGCAUGGUGGUUAUUUGCUCUGAUUGUCAUCUCAUCAUACACAGCAAACCUUGCUGCUUUCCUCACCAUCACCCGCAUUGAGAGCUCCAUCCAGUCUCUUCAGGAUCUGUCCAAGCAAACAGAUAUCCCAUAUGGCACAGUUUUGGACUCUGCAGUCUAUCAGCAUGUCCGCAUGAAGGGGCUGAAUCCUUUUGAGAGGGACAGCAUGUAUUCCCAGAUGUGGAGAAUGAUCAACCGAAGCAACGGGUCAGAGAACAAUGUUCUGGAGUCCCAAGCAGGCAUUCAAAAGGUAAAGUAUGGAAACUAUGCUUUUGUAUGGGAUGCAGCUGUAUUGGAAUACGUGGCUAUCAAUGACCCAGACUGUUCCUUCUACACUGUGGGGAAUACCGUUGCUGACCGGGGGUAUGGCAUCGCACUACAGCACGGCAGCCCCUACCGAGAUGUGUUUUCACAAAGGAUCCUGGAGCUGCAGCAGAGUGGAGACAUGGACAUCCUGAAGCACAAGUGGUGGCCUAAGAAUGGCCAGUGUGACCUAUACUCCUCAGUAGAUGCGAAGCAGAAGGGAGGAGCCCUGGACAUCAAGAGCCUGGCGGGUGUGUUCUGCAUCCUGGCUGCAGGGAUCGUGCUCUCCUGCCUCAUAGCGGUGCUGGAGACGUGGUGGAGCAGGAGGAAGGGCUCACGGGUCCCGUCCAAAGAGGAUGACAAGGAAAUUGACCUGGAGCACCUCCAUAGACGUGUAAAUAGCUUGUGCACAGAUGACGACAGCCCCCAUAAACAGUUUUCCACCUCGUCAAUUGACUUGACCCCUCUGGACAUUGACACUUUGCCAACACGACAAGCCCUGGAGCAGAUCAGUGAUUUCAGAAACACUCACAUCACCACCACCACCUUCAUCCCAGAGCAGAUCCAGACUCUUAGCCGCACGCUUUCAGCGAAGGCUGCCUCUGGCUUCGCUUUCGGCAGUGUGCCGGAGCACCGAACUGGCCCUUUUAGGCACAGGGCUCCUAAUGGGGGCUUUUUCAGGAGUCCUAUCAAAACAAUGUCAUCUAUUCCUUAUCAGCCUACUCCCACCCUGGGGCUCAAUCUGGGCAAUGACCCUGACCGAGGCACGUCCAUUUGA